AUGCCUGGCUUGGUGAAGAAGAUGCUAAUUUGCGCCGCAGCAGACGGCCUCUUCCUACAUCCUGUCGGCAGUCGAGAACAUAGUGUUUGUAUUAGCUACGGCAAUCAUGCAAUUACAUCUGCGACUCAGGACGAUGGAAACAGUGCAGUCGAGAAGUCGGUCGAGGUGCAUGGACUGAUUGGACUCUUGGACCUUGUUUCGAGUAGCUACCUGGUGGUCACAACUGGCAGAGAGCAAGUCGCUCAGGUACGAGGGAAGCCGAUCUACACCAUAAAGGACGUCGCACUCAUCCCUCUCUCCUCGCAAAUCAAGGCGGAAAAAGCAGUCACAGAAGCACAGAAGAGCCUGAAGCAAGGCCACUCUACCGGAGAUCAGACGGAAGAAAGCGAUGUUGAGGAUGACGCUCAGGAUGAUCAAUCAGUGGCAGACGAUCAAGAGCCAGUACCAGAAGCUGCCGCACUCGAGCCGCCAAAACCAGGGCCACUAAAGAAGAGCACGACUUUUGUGAAGAAUGUGGUGCAGGAGAAGGGUAACUAUGGACACUUUGCAACGAAGUGGUUCAGUAAGAGUGGAUGGAAUGCUAGCGGGAGGAAGCAGCAGGGUAUGGGCGAGGAGGAUAACUUGACGGAGGAGCAAAAGGCGCAGGCAGCUGAAGUACUGCCAAAGGAUGAUAGCGCAGCAAACGUCGUUCCAGGACAGAUUAGCACGCCUGUUGCUGAGGAUGGCAGGGGCGACAAGAACGCAGACAAGAAGACAGAGACGAAAAAGCAAAGUGUACUGGAAUCCUUGACUCCGCGAAUACUGCGCAGCGUGAAGCUCUACUUCAGCGCGAGUGGCUUCUUCUUUUCCUACGAGCACGAUCUAUCCGGCACAUUGAUGCAACGAGAGAAUAGCAGCUCUUCCCUACCACUUUGGAAACAGUAUGACGAGCUGUAUUUCUGGAACCGCCACCUUGCUGAGCCAUUUAUCAAAGCCGGCCAGGAUGCACUCGUCUUGCCACUCAUCCAGGGCUUCGUUGGGCAGCGAGCGUUCUCAAUCGCACGCACAGAAAGCGGUGAGCAAGAUGUCGUGGCAGAGGCAGUACAGAAACCUGAGGAGGUCGUUGCUGUACAGGGCUCGUCGAAGCCUGCCGAAUCUGCUCAAGAUCCAGCAAAGCCUUCUGGCACCAAGCAGGAAGACUUGAUGCUGACGCUGAUAUCAAGGCGCUCUAUCAAGCGUGCAGGACUGCGCUACCUCAGGCGUGGUAUAGAUAACGAUGGCAACGUGGCCAACAGCGUCGAGACAGAACAGAUGCUAUCACCACAGGACUGGAACUCCUCCGCCAAGACUUUCUCUCUGCUACAAUAUCGUGGCUCUAUACCACUCUUCUUCUCUCAGACGCCAUACAGCUUCAAGCCACUGCCAGUUCUGUUCGGCUCCGAAAGCACUAAUCAAGAAGCAUUCCGCAAGCACUUCAGCAGCGUUCAGAAGCGCUAUGGCGCUGUGCAGGCCGCCUCUUUGAUCGACAAGCAUGGCACAGAACAAUCCGCUGGAGAGACCUACGAGAAACAUGCAAAGCUGCUGAAUGAGCAUGGCGGUAUUGAUGGUAAGCAGCUGGCCUUCGAAUGGUUCGACUUCCAUAGCCAGUGUAAGGGUAUGAAGUUCGAGAAUGUUUCCAUACUACUCGAUACCUUACAGACCUCACUGAAGUCCUUUGGCUGGAUCGUGAAGCAGAAUGAUCGCAACAUCCAGCAGCAGACAGGUAUCGUACGGACCAACUGCAUGGACUGCCUCGACCGCACGAAUGUGGUGCAAAGUGCUAUCGGCGGCUGGGCACUAGAACAGCAAUUGGCAGAGCUUGGACUGAACAUUGACCUCAAGAAAGAUCCCAAGACGCAAUGGUUCAACACACUUUGGGCGGACAACGGAGACUCCAUCUCGAAGCAGUAUGCCGGCACGUCGGCGCUCAAAGGCGACUUCACGCGCACACGGAAGCGAAAUUGGACGGGUGCACUUUCCGACUUCAGCUUGACUAUUAACCGAUACUACAACAACAUCUUCGGGGAUUACUUCUUGCAGCUGAACAUCGACUAUCUGCUCGGCAACGUCGGACCGACGGCUUUUGAUGACUUUGAGGCAGAUAUGCUAAAUCAAGACUACGCUCUGGAUAUGCGAAGAGUAAGGCAGAACGCGAUCGAUACAUGUGCGAAGAUCGUACUGGAGGAUCCGAGAGAAAAUCUGGUCGCUGGGUGGACGCUAUCAUGUCCGAAGGAAGCUAACACAUUGCGUACUCUCCCCUUCGAGGAGUGCGUGCUUUUGCUCACAGAUGCUGCUCUGUACUUCUGCCGCUUCGACUGGGACGCGGAGAAAGUUGGGUCGUUUGAGAGGGUCGAUCUGGCCGAUGUGAGUGAGAUGUGGAGAGGAGCAUAUAUCACCAGUACGCUUGGGCCUACGCAUACGGACGUAGCUAGGAACGUUGGGUUCGCGUUGAGGUACAAAACUCAUGGUCAGGCUAUCGUGCGGACUAACACAAGAUCUCUGAACAACGAAGAAGCAGCAGAGGAUGAAAACAAAGGCAAAGACGAGCUGGAGAAGCAGAAGCAGCCCGAGAAGGAUGAAAGUAGAUUGCUAGCGUUCAAAGCUCUGCCACCGAAGGAGACGGCAGUGAAGCACGGCGGCGGCGAUAGUGACGACCAGGCAAUCAAAUUAAGUGAAGUUGAAAUGAUUAAGCAGGUCUGUGAUGAGGUGCACAAAAUGAUGGUUACCGUGACGAAGAAGAACACUGGUACGGAUCAUCUUGAGCUGGAGAAAGUGGCGGCAGUCGAGGAGAAGGACGUUGUGAGCUUGGUCGAGGCGAGGAAAAGUACGGGAUAUAUGGAGAGCAUUGGGUACUCGCUGAAGAAGCUUGUCUGGUCGUGA